AUGACACAUAAGUGUGGGGACCGACUCCCUGAAGUCCGAAUUUCGGACAACGGACCGUAUGAAUGUCACGUGGGGAUUUACGACAGGGCGACGCGUGAGAAGGUGGUCCUGGCCUCAGGCAACAUUUUUCUCAACGUGAUGUCACCUCCCACAUCCAUCUCCGUCAUUGCUGCGGACACUCCAGCUCCCUUCAGCCGCUACCAAGCCCAGAAUUUUACCUUGGUUUGCCUUGUCGCUGGUGGAAAACCUGCCCCCACGGUUUACUUUAAGAGGGACGGAGAAUUGAUACACGGUAUCCCUCUGACGGAGCCCCCGGUUAACGCCGCCGGGUUGCAGGACAGCCGAGCUGCCCGGAACCUCUUCCAUCGGGAUAUGGACGACACCAAGAUGCAGCAGUCUCUCUCCCUGUUGAACGUGGAGGACCGGGGUGGGAGGCUUUACACCGAGAACCCCUUCCACAGCCUCACCGCCGACCAGGGACUGUUGCUUAGCCCCACCACCGAAAACAUCCCCGAGACUGUAGUGAGCCGGGAGUUCCCACGGUGGAUCCAGAACGCCGACCCUACGUAUUUCUUCCACCACACCCACAUCCCCAUCAGUGAUGGCACCGUGGAGGUGCGGGCCAUGCUUAUGUGGACCCUUAAUCCUCAGAUAGACAAUGACGCGCUCUUUAGUUGUGAGGUCAAGCACGAUGCCCUCUCUAUGCCCAUGCAGUCCGAGGUGACUCUAGUGGCUCCAAAGGGCCCCAAAAUUAUGAUGACCCCCACAAGAGCCCGCGUUGGAGACACGGUCCGUAUCCUGGUCCAAGGAUUUCAG